UGGCGGAAGCCAGGGACCCUAGAAAACCAAUACAGUCUACUAUUUACAAUUUACGGAAAGUUCCACGUUCGAAAAUAAAGCUCUAUUGUUAUUAAUUCGUGUGAUGCCUGUAUCUCUGCUUUCGGUAAAUAAAUAAUAGUGCUCAUGAGUGGCCAUCGUGUUAAAGGCGAAGAUGCGGACAUCAUUUGUUUGGACUCCAGUCAAGAGUCCAUUAAAUGCAUUCAAAAGGCGGAGGAGGAUGAAGAGGAGGGUGAGGUUAGUGACGAAGUGUCAGUUUGUGAAAACUCGGUAAAAUUCGAUGAAGAUCUACCUCCAGGAGUUGCUUCGGAGGAUUUUAUCAUCAUUGAUGAAUCGAUCGAAGAGCUGACCCAUUCACCGCAAGUUCGUCCUGAACCUGAAGAUGGCUCCGAAGCGCCCAUUUUGAAGGUUAUCUUCAGAGAUAAGGAUGUUGCGAGAAAAUACAAAUGGCAAAUUCAAGACUUUCUUACCCAACUCAUCUUCGGUGAAGCUGCAGAUGACAAAAAUGCGUCAAAACCCACUCUAGACAUCUGGCCGACAAAGAAUUCCAAAAAACGAAAAGCUGAGGAGAAUGGAUUGGUAGCAGCUACAGAUAAUACUCUCUUCAUGGUCGAUAAUGAUCCCCGCCAUCAGGACAGUCUCGACGUUCCCACGUAUGGAAAGAAAUUCGAAAAAGUCCUCAAAGAGUUAGACGUCAAAUCUGCGGCAGAGGAAGAAAAGGACAAGGCAAUGCCGAUACGCAAUUGCUUCAAUUGUUUGGGAAAUCAUAGUUUACGUGACUGCCCAGAGCCUCGGAAUUUUGCAGAAAUUUGCAAGAAUAGAAGUGGUUUUAAUAGUAGGAAUUCUUCUAAGUCUGUAAGGUAUCAUCUGGACGAAGACAACAAGUUCGAUCAUUUCACACCUGGAGUUUUGAGCAAGGAAUUGAGACACGCUUUGGGAUUGUCAGAUAAUCAACUCCCUAGACAUAUUUUCAAAAUGAGAAUGCUUGGCUAUCCCCCAGGGUGGCUGGAGGAAGCUCGUCUCCAACACUCUGGUAUAAAUCUUUAUAACUCUGAAGGAAUAAGAGAGAGGGAGUCGGAUGAAGAGCAGGGAGAAAUUUUAUCAAAGGGGUCCAGGGAUAAGUACGAUAUAAAGAAAAUCCAUGACUUUCCUGGAUUCAAUGUUCCAGCACCACCAGGAUAUGUAGAUGCUCCUUGGGAUGAUGAACAACGAAAAAUCCAUUCCAAAGUCACCAUGCUCGCUGAAAUACGGGGAAGAAACGUUGAGGAAGGAUACAAGAGGAAAAAACUGAAACGAAGCGGAACAGCCGACGAUUUUACAGACAUCGAACCAACAACAAUGGACCUUGAUGUCACAGAAGUUACACCAGUGGAAUUAGUACCGAUGAAUGGCCACUUUGUACCUCCACCCCCACAGGAAACAUCACCACAGCCUCCACCUCCUCCGGCGCUUGAAGCGAAUACUACCCCAACUGAUUCUACAACAGGAAUUGCGUCUCCCUCUCUUAGUGACUUAGAAACCACAAAAGAGCAGUUGUUGGAGUCAUUGGAGGAUUGCAACUCUCAAUCUAAUCCAGGAAUUCCUAGCAGGUCGUCUUUGAACAUCCCUGGGACACCGAACAAUACGUACAAAAUUGGAAAAAUUAUGUCUGUGGAACUGGGAACCCCAAUUUUACAAAGUACAUCACCAUUUUUAAAAUUACCGUCAAGUGAGAAAUUUUCUAAAAACAUUUGUGAUGUUAUAAAUUUUGAGAAUUUACCAAAUUCCACUGGUAAAUACGAAAAAAUGGCCGGACUUUUACAGAAAGUAAGGGUAGUACUUUCUGAUACUCCCGAAUAACAGAAAAAUUUUGAGUUUUUUCAGUAAAAAGAAAUUAUACAGAGACAAAAUUGGACAAAAUGAAUGCAUAAUAUUUUUGUUCUCACACAUCAGCUCGAAUUCUACUACAGACUGCAUAAUGACAAAUCAUAGCAAGACAAGUUUAAAAAUAUUGAAAUACUAUCAUGUAGGGAUGACAGAGUGGUGGUUUACUUCCUUCUACCAUUCAUGAAAUAUUAUGGUAAUGAAUGAUUGCAGAGUCAUUUAUUAACAAGAUAUUGUCCACUGUAAAUUCUGUCGGCCAACAAAAUCUCAGAACAAAUAUCUUUCGUACAGAGAUAAAUAAUUGAUUCUUUAUUACAAAAUUCUAUCAGCAUCAAACGUUGGAAGUUCAGAGUACAAACUAUAAAAUUAGAAAUUCGUAACCAAGUAAUGGUCAUGGGUUAGUUAAAAAAUUUCUGGAGGGUAUUGGGGAAUAAUAAAUUGUUAGCUAUCUCAAUUGUUGAUUUAAAAUAUGAUAAAUCCGUCGUGAAAGUUCAUUUUCGUCGUUAACAUAUUGUAAAUAAAUCUUGCAAUUUUUUUUCAUUUAAAGAUAAACUUUCAGUAGAAAAAACUAUCGAAUCAUGUCAUAACAGAGAACAUGAAAAGUACUUCUUUACUGUUAAAAACUUUAAAUAAAAUAAAAACUGUAAAUUCAAAUGACUCACAAAUUUGUACAGAAGACUUCAAAUAUAUUGUCUAUUUUUUUUGUAAAUUAUUACAGUUCAUAAUACACUUGGUUAGAAAUCUGUAGUGGAGAAUAAAACAUUGCUAUUCAGUAUGAAAAACCAAAAAUUUAUUACUCAAUAUUUUUAUUUAUACAAUUAUUAGCAAUUAGUUGAUUGAUGUUAAACAUUAUCCAAUAAUAUAUCUUAAGAAAUUUAUUGUGGAAUUACCAAGUAUUUUGGACACUUGGAAAAAUUUAACUCUUCACUAAAGGUAAAUAUAAUGUUCAUAUUCUUAAUUUUCUUUCAAUAAUUUACGUUAAUAAUUUAAUAAUUCUUUUUAUUG